AAUCAAAUUCAAAUUAAAUUCCAUUUAGACUGUGAGAAUCCACCCAUAAUUAAAAACCCAAUUUCUAAAUUCAAAAUCAUGUGUUUGAUAAUAAAUUGUUUCAUAAAAAUUAAAUAAUUUGAAAAUUGAAGCUAAAAAAUAUAUGGUCUCAUACCACUUGAAACACAAAAAUGUAAAUAUAAAUUUGAAAAACAUCACAUGAAUAUAUGAUAUAACAAAGGAAAUCAGAGAUGCAAGUUUGGGUGUUUGCAGUCUUGCUUAUUUAUAUUCAAUUGAGCAUUUUUUUCCCAAUUGUUAUUGUUUAUUGUAAUUCCUGUAUGUUGUGCGUAUAUGGUGAUUGAGAAGCAGGCCGUGUCACCUUUAAUGCGUUUUAAAUGGGGGAAUCAAAACGCAAAAUCAGAGUUCUACUCAUGUGGGACGUUGACUGAUAUGGCAAGAACUGCUUGCAAAAGAUGGGGUUUCUUCCUAAUCAGCAAUCAUGGAAUUUCCAAAGAUCUUUACAAAAGACUUUAUAUGCUUUCAAAACAACUGUUCGGCCUUCCUUCUGACACCAAGCUUCAACUUGGUCCUAUAUCUUCCACAAAAACUUAUACUCCUCAUUUCAUAGCUUCUCCUUUCUUUGAGAGUCUCCGAGUUGCUGGACCAAAUUUCUUUGAAUCUGCUCAGAGUUCCGCAAAUAUACUCUUUGACCAACAGGGUCUUGAAUUCAGUGAGAUAUUACAAGAAUAUGGCAGCAAGAUGACAGAAUUAUCACAGAAAAUUAUAGAGGUGUUGCUAAUGUGCUUGGGGGAUGGUUUUGAGGAGAAAUACUAUGAAUCCGAAUUUGAGAACUGUCAUGGAUAUUUGAGGAUUAUUAACUACACUCCACCUGAAAGUCUGGAGAAUGAAGUAGAGGGGCUAGGAACGCACACAGACAUGAGCUGUGUAACCAUUGUCUACCAGGAUGAAAUUGGUGGGCUUCAAGUGAGAUCAAAAGAGGGAAAAUGGGUGGACAUUAACCCAUGUGAGGGAACCCUUGUGGUGAACAUUGGGGAUAUGUUGCAAGCUUGGAGCAAUGAAAAAUUUAUAUCAUCAGAACAUCGAGUUGUUCUAAAGCAACCAAUUAACCGUUUAUCUCUAGCUUUCUUUUGGUGUUUUGAAGAUGAAAAAGUGAUUUUGACACCAGAUGAAGUGGUAGGAGAAGGAAAUAUGAAACUUUAUAAGCCAUUUGUGUGUUUGGAUUAUGUGAAAUUCCGAGAAAACAAUGUAAGAGGGAAGUUUGAAAAGGUUGGAUUCACAGUCAAAGACUUUGCUGGGAUCAGGCUCCAAAUGUGAUGUGAAGAUCACAGAUUUUUGUUAACCUUACUACUUGUUCUUUCAUGUUGACUAAAAUUGUUGUUCCAGUGUUGAGUGUAAGAUGAGAGAAGGGAUUCGUUGGGAUUGGGGAGCUUUAACCUACUGGUAGUUAAUUGGGCAAAGGCUUUACAGUAGGGAGUUCAAUUUCCAACUUCCAACUUAUGUAUAAUAUAAUUCUUGUAUUUAUCUACUUUUGAAUGUAUGGAAAUUUAUCAUAA